AUGUACAGAAAUUUCAAGAAAAAGCACCCUGGUGAAGUGCUUAAAGAAAAAUUCUGGAGCAUUGCAGCAGCAUCAACAGUGGAGUUCUAUGAGGCAGCUUUGGAAGAGCUUAGAGCAUAUGACCAGCAAGCUCACGCGUGGGUCAAGAGAGCUGCACCACCUCAUCACUGGUGUAAGGCUUUUUUUCCACUUCACGUGAAAUCUGACAUGCUGGUUAAUAAUUUAUCAGAGACAUUUAAUUCUCAUAUAUUAAAUGCUAGAGAGUUGCCAGUGAUUGGGAUGGUUGAGUGGAUUAGACAAUUCAUAAUGGAAAGGAUAUCAAAUAGGGUAUAUUGGAUGAGAAAAUGUAGUGGUCCUGUGGGACCAGCAAUAAAGGCUUUGAUUGAGGAGAGGGAAAAGUUUUCUAGAAAGUGGAAGCCAAUAUCAAAUGGGAAGGGGGGAUAUCAGGUUAGGGGACCUAAGGGGGAACAAUUUGCUGUGUACUUAAGAGACAGAACCUGUACAUGCAGGUUGUGGCAAAUUAGUGGGCUCCCCUGCUGCCAUGCAAUUUCUGCCAUUUUAAAAAUUGGUAGGAACCCAAAUGACUAUGCCGAUCAGUGUUAUAGUAGAGAUCUAUUCUUUCAAAUAUAUGAGAAUGUACUAUAUCCAAUUAGUGGAAAGUCUCUAUGGCCUCAGAGUGAUAUUCCCAUAUUAGAUCCUCCACUUGCAUGUGUCCAACCUGGUAGGCCCAAGAAAGCAAGAAGAAAAGGUAGUUCUGAAAAUAGAAGUGGUGUUCAUGUGGGAACGAAUAAUGUGCAAAAAUUAAAAAGCAUGUGA